AGUAAAUGGAUCAAGAGGCAGCUGAAACUGCGAGGGAGUCGCUGGAGCUUGUGUUUCGGAUGUCGAACAUCUUGGACACUGGUCUCGAUCGACAUACCUUGUCUGUUCUUAUAGCUCUCUGCGAUCUUGGUCUUAACCCUGAGGCUCUAGCUGCUGUUGUCAAGGAGCUCCGGCAGGAAUCUGGCAGAAGCUUAAGAUAAUAAUUUAAAUCCUUUGGAAGAUGUAUCAAUACUAAAAAACAUCUGCGAUCGAUUUCUUUUUUUUUUCUGUAUGUUUCGGUUUCAUUCUGCCAUUAACUAUCGAGUGGUUCUUGAGAUAUAUUAUAGUCUUAUCGAGUGUU